CGUGCGCACCUCGGCGCGACUCGCGGCUUUCAAGAAAAAAUUGAACGUACCACUCGUCAGUAAACUGUGAGAGUUCCGCUGCCUCGUCAGGUGAAACGCCGUGUAAUUAUUAAAUUUCUCAUGUUAAUCGCACCGCCUUGAACACCUUUCGUUUUUGAUCGUUCGACGAAAACGAGUCACCGUAUCUAAAUAUCCCGACAAAAUCAAUGUGCUGCGCCGUCGUACCGGUUAGUCGUCAGUUAACCAGAGGUAACAUAUUCCUCUGACUUCUCUCGCUGCUUCGGCGUGCUGUUGUGAAAAAACGACUCGGAGAUCGAAACGAAUAUGGAUAUCAGUCGACCGCAAACCGCGAAGUAAAUCCGUCGUCGAUGUGGGUCUGGUCAAUUCGAAUGGUUGGUUGUGCCUAGUCCAGUGCCGUGAUCGUCGUGUCAAGAGGGUAAAUCGCUAUUACGUUAUUGAUGGCAUAACAUGCGGAUUUCCUUUUGAGCGGAAUCUACGUACGGAGGAGGGCAACGAGACGGGUGACAUCAAGGAACGAAAAUAGAAGUUGUAUCGUAGCGUAGAGCCACGUGACAGUAGGGGAACGUCUUUGUAACAUCGGCUGUAACUGACAGAAACCUGAUUGGAGAUAAUUCGAUGAUUGAGUUAUGUGCUUACGUUUUCGUAUGACGUGAACGAUAUCGUGGAAAUGAAAAUGUGCCGAUGAACCCCGGAUACGUGCAGUGAAGUUGUCUCUCGGUGGGUGCCAUUGACCGCCAUAUUCAGGAUAAUCGAACGAGACUGGAGGAGACAGUUUCGAAAAAAAGCUGGAAGGUGGUAACGUUGGGUGAGGUGACAAGAACGCUGAAAGGUUAAGGACCGUCCGUUCAACGUACGUAUUCACGUGUCGAAAUCGCUGGGACACCGGGACAGCGAGAAACCCGUCAUCGAGAUGGAGUUCAAGUUCAACGUAAAUAAACUCUUGCCUAGAAAGAUCAACAAGGUCACGCAUACCCUUAUCCCGGAAAACUUCAGAGGUGAUCGCCGUGAAUUAAAUGAAUCUCAAAGGCAGCUGAGCAAAGUUCUCGACGAUAUAGGUGAGGCGUCUGCCAGCGCCCAGGGUCUCAACAAGCCAAUAACCAGCGCCCUAAAACUACGAGACACGGACCAUACAGUUUACUUAUUAGUGGACAGCGAAGCUAACAAUGGACUGGGCAGCGUUGUGGGUUUAUUAAAGACCGGAUCGAAGAAUCUCUUCAUGUUCGACGAGACGGGUGCUCAUUACCAACUAAAGCCAAGGUGUGUUCUGGAUUUCUACGUGCACGAGUCACGGCAACGCAUGGGCCUCGGAAACAUUCUCUACGAGCACAUGCUCUCUGAAGAGAAUAUUAGGCCGGUGAAGCUGGCGAUCGAUAGACCUUCGGAGAAGUUCUUAGCCUUCUUAGACAAAUACUACGGACUUUCGAAAAUUAUUCCGCAGAACAAUAAGUUCGUCGUGUUCCAAGGAUUUUUCGAGGAUGAACGCCAAGAUGUAAGAUCGAAUAGAUACAGCUUACCCGCGAAUAGUUCAAUUGACAUAGGUGCUUCCAGCAGGGUUCAUAACAUCGGGAAGAGUAAUCCUGGCUUGAACGGCGUUCCCUAUUCCAGUAACAUUGCGCGUACUUCGUUCGGCAGAUAUGCCGCUGCACGGCCACCGUGUUCCAUGGCAAACAUAAUCCAUAACACCGCUGUGCUUGGUCCAUCCGCUGAGCGUACUGGUGAAAAAUUAAGUGCACCGGCUGAGAUCCAACCGAAGCCGGAACGACCACGCUCGUUGAGCCUUUAUUCGGAAGAAGAACAGAAACAACGAUCAAGCGAAUUGUCCACCGUGCCGACUCCCGCGUUAUUGGAUCAUCAACCGACCCCGCUGGCUACGAUUUUACGCGAAACUGGGAAAACCGAUAACAUAAAACCGUCACCGUCGUGUAGCCAAGAAGUAGCCGGUACUAAUUCGCACACUCGAUUAGAUUUAAAAUUCUAUCAUUCCCCUUUGUGGUAAGCACGAAAAAUUGAGACAGUGUUAGAAGAAGCUAUACUAUAUUUUGCAUGUGCAAUAAAAUUAUAAAGCUUUAUAUACCUCUCGGAACAAAGUAUCAUCCGAAAGGUGUAAUAAUUAAACGACGGUAACAUUGGAAAAAGUGUAAGAGUGAAAAAAACAUUGAUAAUAGAAUUUUACGAAAGUAGCGUACUGAAGAUUGUUACGAUAUAAUAUUUUUUAUUUAUUUCUAUCGAAACAGUUAGUAAAUUAUCGUUGACUAUUGUUAAUUUAUGAAUUUACACGGGACGAAAAGGAAUAGUAAUUUAAAUUUAUGUUCUACGAAAAUUUAGGAGGAUCUACACAAGUUUCAAAGAAUAGAUACGGUAAUACUGGAUAUUUUCCAUUCAAGAAGCAGGAAUUUAUCUACUUUGAACUUCGUAUGAAAACAUAGACAGAUUUAUGUUAACAUCAAUCGAGACAUUUAGUAAAUCGAACAAUUGAGACGGUUACAUUAAAUUAUUAGAAAACUCAUAGAACAACAACAGAACGAUAUUAAAUAUAUAGAACGCAUAUACAUAUACCAGCUGGCUUGUAAUUUUAUACAAGACGUUUUUAAUAUACCACGAAUGUACCUAUACGUGAUUUAUAUCUAUGUACAAUGAAUAAUUGUUCCUUUUUUUUAUAUAUAUCAGGCUCUAGAGAGGCUCAUUAUUUUCUUUUUAAUCUGAAAUGUACAACACUUUAAUGGAACAAGAACCUUUCGUACAAAAUAUAUUUAUUAGUUGUGCUAAAAGACUUUUGUCUUCUUCAUCAUCGAAUCAAAGUGUUUCAUCGAACACCACAGUGAAAUCAGACAGCAGUGGAAUCAUCACUAUUGAUAAAAGAAUAAAUCAUACAGACCUAAGUAUAUAAAAUA